AUGAAGUGGCUCAUCCUGGCUCUGGUUUGCCUCCAGCUCUCCGAGGGGCUGGUGAGAGUCCGUUUGAGGAAAGGCAAGUCCAUGCGAGAGCUGAUGAAGGACAAGGGAGUGCUGGAGGAUUUUCUGAAGCAACAUAAACAUGACCGAGGCAGGAAGUACCACUUCAAUGAAUACAAUAUCGCCCAUGAAUCAAUAGCCAACUACCUGGAUUCCUUCUACUUCGGGGAAAUCACCAUCGGGACCCCGCCCCAGACCUUCCUGGUUCUUUUUGACACUGGUUCCUCUAAUCUGUGGGUACCAUCUACCUACUGCCAGACACAGGCCUGUUCCAAUCAUGUGAGGUUCAACCCUACCCAGUCUUCCACCUACUCUGCUAUUGGAAAUAACUACACCCUCCCGUAUGGAUUUGGUGAGGUGGACGUGACGUUAGGUUCUGACACAGUGACAAUCCAAAACGUUGUGGUGACCAACCAGGUGUUUGGUCUGACGGGAUAUGAGCCCACCAGCCCCUUUUACUACACUUAUUUUGAUGGGAUUUUGGGAAUGGCCUAUCCUGACUUAGCAAUACCAGGGUACUAUUCACUUAUGCAGAACCUGCUGCGGCAAGACCAGCUUACCGAGCCCAUCUUCAGUUUCUAUUUCUCCCGUAAACCAACUUAUUAUUAUGGAGGAGAAGUCAUCCUAGGAGGCGUUGACUCUCAGCUGUACUCAGGAGAGAUUAUGUGGGCACCUGUUAUCCAAGAGGUCUACUGGAAGAUCGCUAUUGAGGAAUUCUCCAUUGGACAGACCACUACCAGCUGGUGUAGCCAAGGCUGCCAGGGCAUUGUGGACACUGGAACAUUUCAGCUUACUGUCCCCGAGCAAUACAUAGGGGAGUUGCUGCAGGCCGUGGGUGUCCCAGAAAACAGCGAUUAUUGGGAAGUGGAUUGCAAUAAUAUCCAGAACAUGCCCAUCCUCACCUUCUCUGUGAAUGGAAACCAGCUAUCACUGCCACCCACAGUCUACGUCUUAAAUGACCAAGACGUCUGCUAUAUUGGGGUGGAGACCACUUAUGUGAAUUCCCAGAACGGACAACCAGUCUGGAUCCUGGGUAAUGUUUUCCUGAGACAAUACUACUCUGUCUUUGAUAUAGCCAACAACAGAGUGGGCUUUGCCCUCUCGACCUCGACAAACUGA